CUGUGUGCAAUCCACCGCCAAAUUCAAACCGAGAAGAAAACAACAGGAGGAGGCUGCGGUUUCGUCAAGAUUUGAUUUAAGAAGUUUUCACCAGAGAUGGAUAGUGUGGGAAAAGCAAUGGUGGGUGUUUGGCGUGCACACACAGCCCUGGAUGAAUCUGACACAGAGAGCUCCCCAGAAGCUCCAGACCGUUUCAAGAAGCAACGCUCCUCUUCUUCCCUCAACAGCCUGAGGAUGUCUCUCAGGAAGCGCCUCCCACUGCGCACCGUUCAGGCCAACUCUCUUCCUGAGAAUCCCACCUGGGAAAACUUCCAACAGGAACCAAAACCCAACAAGGUCCAAAGGCUCACCAGAAGUGCACGGAACUCUAUCACAGAAGUCUAUCAGAAAUUUCAGAAAACAAGGGAGGUUUCCCGUGAGGACUGUUUAGUUGCAACUCCAGGGCGUAUCUGUGAAGACGACGAACCAACCACUUCCAGCUCUCACACCCCAAAACAUACCACACACCGGGCCAUGACCCCCAGGCGUACCCCGAGAGCCACUACACCAGGACGCACUCCUGGAUCCAGGGCACGAAAGACUCCAGAAGCAAGUGUUCGUGGUGUGAAGACUGGAGGAGGCAGGAGGCAGCUGGUCCGCAUGGCCGCCCUACGAAGCCCAUUCUCGUCUCCCAACACACAGAACCAGAGGAUUAAUUUUGACAAAGAUCUUGAGUCAGUCUCUAGUGGACUAAGGAGACUCAAACAUCUGUCCAGGGCCUUUGAUGAGCUCAUCGGCAGAGAUGACAAAACGGGUUCAAGGGAGCGUUGUGGAAUAGCUAUGAUGAGAAAGUUGGACCCCAGUGGUAAACUUUGUCGCUCUAACCUCACACGUCGAGCAACUAACAUCUCAAACACAUUGGGAGGCUGGGCACAGACCACUGUGAACACUAUCUGCAAAACCAAUUAACAAACAUGCAUGUGUGUAUUAAACAGGACCUUUGUAGCAGUUUCUGUGGCGUUUAUGUUACUAUAUACAGUAGUACCUAGAAGGUGGAGACUCUAGUAGGGCAUUUUAAUUGUUCUGCCUUAGCUUUAUUCAGUCAGUAUAGUACAUAUAUUUUAUAUUUACAUAUCUUGGGUUGGCUAAAUACAGUCAAAAUUGGCUGCCAAAUAGAUAUAUUUUUGUAUUGUCUAAACCUGUAGCUGCUACAAACAAAUGUCUUAACAUUUGCCUGUUACAUUUAAAAAUACUAAUACUUUUUAUUUAGUCUUUCACUAUACUACAUAACACUGCACAAGACCAAAAUAUACAGAUACACUACUAAUACUUCAUCAGCAUUAUAUUCAAUACUGUUACUAAUGUUUGUCAUAUCUCCUCAAAUAUUGUUGAAUAUGCCAAAAUAUUUUCUAUUUUCUGUGAAACAGGAUUUUAUGCAACUGUUAUCUGUUGUCUGUGAUUUCUUUUUUAUACUUUAUUACUUUAGAUUUGUAAUGAUGUACACAAAAUGUCAAAAGACUGCAUUAU